UGACCAGAAGUUUUCUCAAUUUCUUCUAUGGAAGUGGUUCUUCAUGUGGUCAGCAGCAUCAUCAAGGCCUGGCCACUUGUCAGAAGUGCAUACUUGGAAGCCCCAUACCAUGGCUACUGAAUCAGAAACUAGAAAAAAAAGAGUGUCUUCUUAUCCAAAAAAGAUGAAACGAACACGGUUACUCUCAAAAGACAACCAAGUGAGCACCGCAGACUAAUGAGUAGAAUCAAUAAGAACGUGAUUUUGGCGCUUUUAACUUUGGCAAGUUCUGCAUUUCUGCUGUUUCAGUUGUACUACUACAAGCACUAUUUAUCAGCAAAGAAUGGAGCUGGUUUAUCAAAAUCUAAAGGAAGCCGACUUGGAUUUGAUAGCACACAGUGGCGUGCAGUUAAAAAAUUUAUUAUGCUAACAUCCAGCCAAAAUGUACCAGUGUUCCUUAUUGAUCCUUUGAUUCUGGAAUUGAUUAAUAAAGACUUUGAACAAGUAAAAAAUACUUCUCAUGGCUCCACUUCAGAAUGCAAGUUUUUCUGUGUUCCAAGGGACUUUACUGCAUUUGCACUACAGUAUCAUCUGUGGAAGAAUGAGGAAGGCUGGUUUCGGAUAGCUGAAAAUAUGGGAUUUCAAUGCCUAAAGAUUGAGAGCAAAGAUCCCCGGCUAGAUGGGAUAGACUCACUUUCUGGAACUGAAAUUCCCCUGCACUAUAUCUGCAGAUUGGCCAGUCAUGCCAUCCACUUGGUGGUCUUUCAUGAGAGGAGUGGCAACUACCUCUGGCAUGGCCAUUUACGACUCAAAGGACACAUGGAUAGAAAAUUUGUUCGUUUUCGAAAGUUACAGUUUGGUCGUUAUCCUGGAGCUUUUGACAGGCCAGAGUUGCAACAAAUUACUGUUGAUGGACUAGAAGUUUUCAUCCCAAAAGAUCCAGUGCGCUUUCUAGAAGAAAUACCACACUCUCGGUUUAUUGAGUGUAGGUAUAAAGAAGCUCGAGCAUUCUUUCAGCAGUACCUUGAUGAUAACACUGUGGAAGCUAUGGCCUUUCGGAAGAACGCAAAAGAAUUAUUGCAACUGGCAGCCAAAACAUUAAAGAAAUUGGGAGUACAGUUCUGGCUGAGCAGUGGAACUUGUCUAGGGUGGUAUCGGCAAUGCAACAUUAUUCCAUAUAGUAAAGAUGUUGACCUAGGAAUUUUUAUACAAGAUUAUAAAUCUGAUAUUAUUUCAGCAUUUCAGGAUGUAGGACUUCUACUCAAACACAAAUUUGGGAAGGUAGAGGACAGCUUGGAACUAUCUUUCCAAGGAAAAGAUGAUAUAAAACUCGACAUUUUUUUCUUCUAUGAAGAGACUGACCAUAUGUGGAAUGGAGGCACUCAGGCCAAAACGGGAAAAAAAUUUAAAUACCUGUUUCCCAAGUUUACACUGUGCUGGACUGAGUUUGUAGACAUGAAGAUUCAUGUGCCCUGUGAAACUAUUGAGUACAUUGAAGCCAACUAUGGUAAGACCUGGAAGAUUCCUGUGAAGACAUGGGACUGGAAGCGCUCUCCCCCCAAUGUGCAGCCCAAUGGAAUCUGGCCCAUUUCUGAGUGGGAUGAGGUUAUCCAGUUAUACUGAGACAGUAAGUUGAAAUGGUAGAAUUCCCCUUCUGACACAAAGAUGGAUAACUGUUUAAGAAGAUAAAUCUCUAUUUGUCACACGUAAGUAGGGCCAAAGAUAUAUGUCAAGUCUGAAGAUGCAGGAAGAGUCCUAACUUCUGAGCCAUGUGAUUUAGUUCUCUCAUUUUCUUUUGUUAAGGAGUCCCUGUACACUGUCCCAGGUACAGUGCUAGGUUUGAGUGGAGAAGCAGAGAUGAGUGACAUCAUACCUGUCUCUCUUUCCCUUCCCUUUGGUAAGCACCUCAGUUUUCCUUUGAGGGAAACACCCUUACCCUUCGAAGCUCUUACAGAAUAUGAUAUUCUUUCAAAAUGUUAGAUAACGUUUGGACUGGAAGAUGGGUUCAUCAGGCAAAGCUAAUGAAGGAUAUACCAGUAAAAAAAGAGUAACCCAUUCCUGUAAUCAGCAGUUAAGCUUGUAUGUUAGUGCUGCUUUUAAGACUGUAGAGUUGCAGUUAAUAUUUAAGUGAUCAUACUUUAGGUGGCAUCAAGAAAGGAUGCAAGCAGAUUUCAUUUUACAAGCAGCCCCAUUUGGAAUUAAUUUAGAGUACAGAGCAUCAUUCUCUAAGAAUGAGAGCUGCUUUCUAGCUUUGUCAAAGAUAUGCAGAUUUCUGUAAUUUCCUAUUUUCAUAUUUGAAAUGAAAAGGAAGCUUGUGCUUGUGUGAUGCUUUAAUUUCCAGCCAUUGUGAGAAUAUUUUCACUGACCUCUAUAGCACUUGUUAACAAAUCAUUCAAGCAAGAUCAUGCUACCAGACAUGAUUUUGAAAGGGUUGUGAUUUCACAAAACUUACUUCACUUGUUUCAUUCCCAACCAUCUGUUAGGUAAAAAUAUGAGCUAUUCAUAGACUUUAAUAUUUUCUAAACUUUUAAUCCUUGUACUCCCAAUUUUGAUGCUAACACUAAAAUAUUAAUAGAAAUUACCUGUAAUUUUUCUAAGAUGUACUCUUCUGUGUAUUCAUUCAUCAAUUCCAGCUCCAUAUUUUUCAUUUAUGGCCUAUAAACCAAUUUAAAUGGCAUAUAAGCCUACCUGUUCCCUCUCCUCUAUACUAUAUCACAUCUCCAAAGUGAAGAUCAAUGGCAAAUCUGACAAAUGCUUUCUCCGUCAUGGUAUUUGUAAAGUUUGUGUCCAGUCUCAUUGUUCCAUCUAGAUGUUCUUUCUGUUGCCUAUUGAUGGGAUAAAAACUCAGACUUCCCUUUAUUAGCUUUAUCAAGUACCACCAAUUUAAAACCCUUCAGUUUCCUUUUCCCCCACUCAAGAUAUGUUUCUGAGUGGGCUGGGAUGGCCCUCUCUCCUCCAUUUCUUCAUGAGUCACUUUAAUGAUAUAUUCCAAGAGAGAGGUAAAGUUAUAUGUAGGUACAGUAAGCACUGCUAUCUUUUUCUUUGUCUAGGAAAGGAAGCUGGGUCUUAUAUUUUAUUCAGGCUGCUUAGGACAACUUUCUGGACAAAAUCCCAGACUUUCCUCUAAAACCAGAGAAUAAUAAGAGUGUCAGAAAUGGAAACCAGAGAGUCUGAGGGAAUAAUAGGCUGACUGAGUUUUCCUAAAACAAAGUUGAGAAAAGUGACCUACAACCACCCACUCUAUAUUUUCAAAACACCAGAAACUUUUUUUGAUAAAUGAUAACCACUGAUCUUUCUCUCUUAGGACAAGCUUUCAAUGUGUACUCAUUGUAUCUUUUCAUAACUAACAUAAUGGGGUUUUCAGGGACUCUUAUAGAUUACCAGUAAACUUGUCCCCAGAUGAUAGGCCAUUGUAAUCAGCUUCUUUUUGCUGGAAAAUUAGCCCAUAGAAAUCACACCCAAAUUCUAAAGAGCCAAUCCUAAUUUUAUUUUUCAUAGUUGAAAAAAUAUCAGAUACUAAUAGUGUUUCUGGGUAAAAUCUGCCAUUUAGUGAGGACCAUUUUCUUGUGCUCAGCAUUUAGAAGUAUAUAUAUACUUAAGUGCAUACACAUUUCUGCCCAUUUCAAAUUGGGGCUUCCACUGUUUGCCAGGGGGUCCUACCCACCCCUAUUUAGGUUAUUUUUCUUUUAUCUAUCGCUGGAGCCCAAGGUCUUGAAGAAUCCAAAAUCUAAGAUAUCUUGGCUACAUUGACAGAGAUUCUGUAUCUUUCCCUCCACAGCCCAUUGGCAGCUGAAAUACCUAUCUUGACUACCUUCUGGUUUUACAGGCUUCUGCUUGGUUCCUACCCUAACUUGAGGGUGUGAAAGCCUUUCCCCAGACUCUGAAGGCUGGCCUUGCUUCUGCUACAGGUUCAGCCAUACUUUAUUCUGUCCUCCUUGACAAUCCUUAACUGUGCACAGUGUCCAGUGGCUCUACCAUCAAACCUCAUCAGAUCAAUUUUCUUUUUCACCUGAGUAUUCCAACAACAAUUCUCCUAGUAUGGCCACUUUGAGGUCCACUCUGUCUAUUUUACAGGAGAAAACCUCUUACAUUAACUAAGUUAGGCACCCAUGGCUGUCUCCAGACAGAUCCUGAGAGGCAAGAUUGAUAACCCUUCAUUUGACAACCACAUGGCCACUCGGUCCUUCUCUAAGUGGGGAGCCCUUGGCCUUCUCCCCUCUGCUGCAGCUCCUGACUUCUGGUCGCUGGAAUAAAACUGCAGUAUAACUGCAGUUCUUAAAAUCUAAUAUGUCUAAGAAGCUGGGCAGUGGUAUGGCCAAUUUCUUUGAUUCACUAGCUACAAACCCUGAAAUUUGACCACUAGAUGGCAGAAUAUCUACCACUAUCUUCCUAAACAAGUUUACUCAAGUGAAAAUCAUUUGCUCUUUUCUUUUCUUUCUUUCUUUUUUUUUUUUUAAGAUUUUAUUUAUUUAUUUGAGAGAGAGGGAAACAGAGUGAGAAAGAGCAUGAGAGGGGAGGUUAGAGGGAGAAGCAGACUCCCCAUGGAGGUGGGAGCCUGAGGCGAAACUUGAUUCCAAGAUCAUGACCUGAGCCAAGGGCAGUUGCUUAACCAACUGAGCCACCCAGGUGCCUCAUCUUGCUCUUGAGUCUUAAAAGCUAUAGGGAUCACAUUCAUUCUGUGCCUUUUAUUUUAUAGCUAAAUUAACAAGUGGUAGCAGUGACUUGAGAAACACCUGAAGUUAAAACUCAAGAGUGCCAUGAUUUUGGCCCAGUUCCUAUGUUAUUGCAUCACAACACAGCGUUUUUAACUCUGCUUGAGAUGCUUCAAAGAGAAGUCAUCCCAUGCCUCAGGAGUCAGUUUCAGGGUGUUUCUGCCAUUCCCCACUUAAUAGGUUUUUGCUCAGAUUGGGAGCCUUAGGUGACAAAGAGAUCAAGAAGGAGUAUUUCUUUCUUGUCCAAAAUACUUAGGCUAUCUUCAUACCUUUAACUGCAAAAUGCCGUAUCUCCAAAAGGUGAAAUAGUUCAUGUUUGGAGACAUCAGCCUUUGAUCAUAAUACUCUUAAUAUCCAGGAGUACUUGACUCUCUUAAGCUCAAGAUGUGUCCCAUUGCUACUUCAUCCCUUCUGCUUCCCCAGGAAACCAUUAGCUAAGCACUCAUUUCCAAAGAAUCCUUCCUCCUUCCCUUAUUGAUACUCUCUGAUGGAUACAAGUAGUUGAGAAUAAGUUGUAUUCAUUGCUUUUCUUCUUCGUGACCCCAAACCAUUGUAUCUAGCCUUAACAUGGCUCCAAACUUCAGAUGGCAUAUAGGACAGCAAGGUGUUACAUAGAAGAGCAGUGGUUUGUAGACUGGGGAACAGAGCUGCAUCUGGGAAAGACACUUGGAAUGAAUUCCCACACUCCAGCCUAACACCUCAUCCAGUAUCACAAGCCUAAGGCUUCACAUGUUUCUAAGUCUCUCCCAAGUUUUACUUUCUGGAAAAUGAACAGUUCUUUCAUCCUUAAUAUUAUAAAUCCCCACGGGAAAAUUUUCCUCAAAGACUAGUCAGAGAAAGUACCACAUUCCCAACUUCUAAUAUAUAAUUAUCUGGAAAAACUCUAGUUCCUGACCAGACAAAAGGAUAUCUUUGAAGAAAUGUCCCAGCAGCAAAUUGUCUUUCCUCCUCUUCCUCUCUCAUUAAGACCUGGCUAGGUCACCUCUGACAUUUCACUUAAGGGAAUCAGCAUGUUGGUGUAAAAAGAUCACAAAUUUCUGAAUUAGGUCCGAUUUUGCAUCACAGGUUCAUCAUGUGGGAUUUGUGGCAGAAGACCUCUCAGCCUCAGCUUCCACAUGAGUAAAUUGGGGAAGUGUGUACGUCUCAGGGUUUUUAGUUAGGAUAAGAUGGAACAUAAAGUGCUUAGCAUCAGGCCUAGGAUUAAGUAAGUACUCAAGGAAUGUUCCGUUUCCUAUUUCCCAGUUGCUUUUCUAAUUAUUGUUCAAAUGGGAUUUAAAAAAACUAUGGUUCAGAAUACAAGCCUUACUCGGGAGGUUGGGUAACUGAAUUUAAUUUACUUAGGGAAAAAAAAUUGUUUCAUUGUAUCAAGGCAUUAAAGGACAAAUUAUAUGGUUCAUGAAUUCAGAGACAUUACCAAGUUGCCUCCUUCUCUAAAUAGAACUAAUAUUUUCAUUUUAUUGGUCAAGCAGUUGUCUCCUAAGGUCUCCUUGUAUGAUCCCUUAUGUUGCAUAGUUCCUUGGUCCCAAGCAAUUCACUCUCUCUGCUUCCCUAGAUUUGGUACUUGUUCUGCCCUGGACUUCUUCAAUAUUCUAGCUUUUUCUAGAGGUAAAACCUCAUCUCUUUGUUAGUAAAUCUCUACCCAGCCGCAGAUAUAAGUCAUGAUUUUCAGAGGGAGAGAACUUGGAAUCAUUAGUUUCAUAUAACUAUCUGUGCUGAUGAAGGUUUAUAUCUGUGUUUGAGUAAAGGAGAAUUGAAAACACUCACUUCCACCUUCUUCCAUCAGAUUUGUGUUUCUGUCUCAGGCAAGAAUCUACAGGCCUUGUUUCAAGCUCUUUUAAGCUUCUCUGCACAAACUAAAAUCUAAUUAUCGUUUAUAAGUCAAUCAGAUCAAUUCACUAGUGAAAGCUUUUCACAGGACCAGUAGGCAGGUCUGCAUUUUUCUAAUGAGAAAUCUGUGCUUCUGUAUUCCCAGAACUUCUAGUUAGAAUGCCCCUUUGCCAUCCCCCAACCCAACCAAAUGUAGAGAUGAUGUAGGAACCUCUUAGCCAACCAAGCUGCUACACACUUAGGAGCAGCUCUCACAGUGGGGUUGAAAAGGAUUAUGAGGAGAAUUAGAAGUAGUGUAUCUUGUUGUAUAAAACAAUGUACUGUCUCAUGCACCAUCAAAAAAAAUUACAAGGUUUUAGGUCUUUUGAUGACUCAUUCAGAGCAUGGGUUUGUUAAAUGAAAAUCCUAUAUAGCUAUUUGUGUGCUCCCUCUACUUCAUAAGCAGAAAAACAUGUAUGUGGAUUUUUUAAACAAAAUGAUAUUUUAAACAUGGGUAAAUUUCGGUGUAUGCUUACCAGUUGACUAUUUGGUUUUAUCUUCAGGUACAGGUAGUUUGUGGUACUACUGAAAAAACCUUUAAUAUUAUUAUUUUGAUCAGAAUUUGUAAUAUAUAAUCAUUCUGGGAUGAUGAAUAAAACUUUUUUAAUCCCUUGA